GAAGAAGAAGAAGAAGAAGAAGAAGAAGAACAAGAAGAGGCGGCGGCGGCGGCGGCAGCAGCAGCAGCAGCAGGAAUGUAAGGACUCACCGCGAACAUCGGAUGGUAACUGCAGCUACAUAAGCUCUAGGGAAAGGGCUCCUGUUGAGCAGCAGUACCAACAGUGAGAGGAGCUCCAUUCUGAGCCACCAGGCAGAGACUCGCUGAAGAACACACCGCAGCUGUGCAGAGGACAGGGCAGCCGUGUGGAUCUUCAUCACGCAGACUGGGAGUUACACUGCCACUCUACACAUCCAGUCAAAAGGUUCUACCUCAGCGUUGUUGGGCUAUACUGGCUUCACAACUUCUGGCUUGAAAAAUCACUGGGAUGGUGCCUUCAUUCACUCUGAGAUGGAGUCAUUUAGCCCAGUAGAAAAAGGCUCUUUACCGACUUUCAAUGGAAACACUGAAGGGAGCAGUUACUACAGAGAGAGCAGGGCCAAAAAUGCAGAUUGUGAAUACCUCAGCACUACAGCAUUAGGCUCAAGAACUACUCUGAUGGUUGACCAAAUGAAAACUGAGACUAAUGAACAAUGUAGUGUUAACCAUGAUGAACAUCUUCUCACUGCAAUAAAAAUUGAGCCUGAUGAACUGGACCAAAUUAAUACAAAACAGGAAAACCACAGAGAUGAUGGGGAUUUUGGAAAUUUGCCAGUGAACACACUGCCGACUGAAUCUAAUUAUGAUUUACCUGAGAUUGAAAUGGAAACUGAGGAAGAUCAAAGUGAAUGUGGUGGUGUUAGAAAGAGGUUCAGUCUUCAGGGUAAUAAGAGUUUAAGUGACAGGAAAAACAUUAGGUCUCACAGUGAAAUUGACCUGGAUGAGAAAUCAUAUGUUUCUAAGGACAGUGGGAAGCUUUUACAGACUUCAGAGGUCAGUGAAAGGCAGAAAGAGACUCCCACAGGAGAUAAGUUGUAUGCCUGUAGACCACAUUCUUGCCCUGACUGUGGGAAGAGCUUCAGGAAAUCAGGAAACCUGAAAAGACAUCAGCUGAUUCACACUGGGGAGAAACAGUUCACUUGCACACAAUGUGGGAAGAGUUUCAGUCGCUUGGAGCACUUGAAAACUCACCAGAGAAUGCACACAGGAGAAAAACCAUAUUCUUGCUCAGACUGUAAUAAAAGUUUCAGUCGCUCUGAGCACUUAAAAACUCACAAAAGAAUGCACACAGGUGAAAAACCAUAUUCUUGCCAUGACUGCAAGAAAAGUUUCAAUCACUUGGGAAGUUUAAAACUCCAUCGGCAAAUUCAUACAGGAGAAAAACCACAUUCUUGCAAUGAGUGUGGUAUGAGUUUUAGAGAAUUAAGAAUUUUAAAACGGCAUCAGCAAAUUCACACUGGAGAGAGACAACACUCUUGCACUGUCUGUGGGAAGUGUUUCAGUCACUUGGGGGCUCUAAAAAUUCACCGGAGAACUCACACAGGGGAGGAGCCAUACUCUUGCUCAGAUUGUGGAAAAAGUUUCUGUCAUUUAGGAAACUUGAAACAGCAUCAGCUAACUCACACAGAUGAGUCAUACUCUUGCACAGUCUGUGGGAAGGUUUUCUUUCGCUUAGGGAACUUGGAACAACAUCAGUUGCUUCACACAGGUGAGAGACUGUACACCUGCAGUGAGUGUGGGAAGAGCUUCACUCACUUGGGAAGCUUACACACUCACCAGAGAAUUCACAAAGGAGAAAAAACCUAUAUUUGCACCGAAUGUGGACAGAGGUUCUAUAGGCUAGGAACUUUUAAAGAACAUCAGCGGGUUCACACUAUUGAGAAAGAGUACACCUGCAUUAUAUGUGGUGAUAGUUUUGGCCAUUUGGGACACUUUAAACAACAUCAGCAAAUUCACAACAAAGAAACUCUUUUCAUGCCUGAAGAUGAGUUGGUGUAAAUUCUGUGUGGUUGUAAUGACGCUUCCCACAGCCUUAUUAUUCAGACCAGAUGAGGAAGUUCCUACCAGUUUUGGAAGCCCAAAAUUUCAAAGGAUUUCAAAACCAUCUUGGUUGAUUGAAGAAUCUGCGGGGUUUUGAAACGUAUAUGUCAAAUGUUGCCCUGUUAAAGCUGGAUGGUGAGGAUGGUGUUCAGUCCGCUGGAAUGACAGUGCCUCGUCGCACACCAGGGACUCCUGCUAGUUGAUUGGUCACCUGCAACUCUGCUUGUUAAACUGCACAUAAAGUGUCUUCCUCCAAUUCAUGUUUGUGUGAGCCAGUUCUGCAGAGGACUGUGUGAUAAAAAUCAACCACUCACAUGACGUUUUGCAGGAAAGCUCAUGUCACAUUUGCGAUUUCUGGAAGCUACUUUUAGCUAAACCUUUGUGUGCAUGCACUGAAAUUCUUGUUUCAUUCAGAAUUUUAGUUUAAAAAUAGUGUUUUAAAGCAAGCAAGUUAUUAGGCUACUUCAGAAACAUCACUUGUACAGAGGCUUUUAGGGUCACAGUGUUGUGCUCGACAAACACUUAUGUUAUUUGUUAAAAAUCAAAUGGAGACAGUGAUAUCUCAAUUAAAACUCCUAUGCAAAAUGGAAUAUUAGGCCCUACUUAAUACAGGAAAUUUGAGAUGACUCGAAGUUCAUUUGUAAGUUUUUAGUUCCCAGAUGAAGCAAUGCAGAUUCUCAUCUAGUUGGAUAUUUUUUCAAUUCUAAUUUCAGCUGUAAUUUUUUCUUUGCAUAGUCCUGAAGGCCUAUUGUAUAUUGUUAUUACUACUGUGUAUGUUUUUUCUUUAACAUGUAAUUGGCAAUAAACCUUUGAACUAGUCAUAAAAAA